UAUUGCUGCUGUAGAUAAAAAAAAUUAUAGAAAAUGUUUAUUUAUUUGAAUCUUGUGUACAUGCAAGCUUUUGGUGGUGUUUCCUAUAGUUUUGUGGGGUUAUGUAAAAGAACUUUUAUCAAACUUACAAAGUUGUGGCAGAUGGGCCCCGGUAACUGAUGUUUAAAAUCAAUUCAAAAUAUGAAAAAAAAAUCUUCCUUUUGUUAUUCCUAAUUUCUUUGGGACCCUCCCUUUUACCAUGGCCACCCUCUUAUCUGUUUAUUUUUCAGUGGCAAGAAUAUCAAUUAGAUUUUUCUUCUCAUAGUUUUUCCAAAUGACAUUUUAUUAAAAUAUAAAAGCAAUUUGAACAUCUGUUGCAGAUUUUUUUUUUUUUUUUACCUGGGUUAAUAAAUGUCAGAAUGCAAUAAUUUGAUACUAUCAUGAAAUGAAAUGCUGAGUGUAUACAUAACUGCACACAUGUUGCUUUAUGGCAGAGAAUGUGGUGAAUAUAUUGGAGUUAUCUCCAUACUAACAAGAUGAUAAUCAGACUGGACAUUUCAUUCUUCUUCACACCAGGUGUCACUGACUGCCCACUUGACAUAGAUUAAGACAUCCGGGAGACGUCCUUCUGAUUGUGUCCAGCAAUUAAAUAUCCCUCAAGUAUUAAGGAGGCACUCCAUCAUCUCCAAUUUUAUAUCAUUCAUACCUCCAUACAAAAAAGAUUCAAAAGAAUUCCUUUAAUGCAUGUAUUUCUGUAGGCUUCGGGGAAAUGCCUUAUUGUUGGGCAACUCUUGAUUUUGGUUUUAUAUUUGUGGAUAUGAAUUGGUCUUCUUGAAUUGGAGGAAAAAGACAAAACCCGAAAAAAAUAUUAAUGCAUAUGUCUUAACCUUCAAUUUCUCUGGUGUAGGGUGCCUCCUUAAGACUAUUUGUUAUCACAAGGACAAAAUACAGAAUGUGGGGAUCGGGAUUUGUGACCAGGUGUAGGAGAUAGGUGGUCCUAAUGGUUUUAGCACUUCAAAAUCAAUCAAGGUUCCUUAAGCCUAGUAUUGUUGUCAGUAGGACAGAUGUGACGGUAUCUUAGUGAAGGAAAGAUUGUGGUGUAUUUCAGGGGAUUUAACAUUUGAGCUUAUGUAAGGGCUUCUGCUACAAUGGGAUCCAAGAAGAAACCAAUGAAGCCGAACGGAACGGUGAUACAAAAUGGGAAGAGAGCAUCCAAUGGAACGAGUGAGAGAAAAAGGAAAACCGAUGACUCUACAACUGUCACACGGACUGUGCAAAUCAGUGCUUUCAUUGUCAUAAUCAUUGCCUUUAUCAUCAUGUACAGGACUGACUUUUCACCUAACAAAUCUUCAGUGCAAUCAUCUAGUCCAUCCAAGUCUUCCAAAGACACAAAUUCCCAGAGUUCCGGGCAGUCCUCAAAUGAUUGGCGGCUAGCCACAAAAGAAGCGUGGAGGUCGUACGGGUCAACGAAGUGUACGAUUGAGAGAAGAAAUGCCAACGGCUUCACUGUGAAAGAAUUUGAGGAUAAAUAUAGAUUUAAGAAACCGGUGAUUGUUAAGUUUUCCCUUGGGGCGAAGAGUUGGACUGAUCCUCAAAAAUGGUCCCUCGCAAGUCUGAAACGAGAGUACGGACAGUGGUACGUCCUGUCAGGGAAUUCCCGGGAAAUCGUUCGCAAGGGAGGAAACGGAGACGUCCAGUCAUCUUUCUCGGAAUUUGUGGAUUCUUUAAUGCAGGACAAGGAUGAAAUCGGAGAGCCAUUCUACAUUUUUGACAGAAUGUUCUAUAAUGAUUCCAGUCUUCCAAGAACUCUCAAACCACCAAAGUACUUUGAGAUCAGAGAUGGAAUAGAUGACAGUAUUUUCUUCCUCGGAGCUUCUGGCAGUGGUGUCUCUUUCCAUAAGCAUGCAGAUGCAUGGAAUGGGGUUAUUUUUGGACAGAAACGCUGGUUCCUCUAUCCCUCCACUCACACCCCACCAGGAGGGGUGUACCCUGGGUUUACCCAGAUAGAGUGGUAUGAAAAGAUUUACCCUACCCUGUCGGGGGAGGAUGUCCCGAUGGAGUGCGUCCAGGAGGCUGGAGAAAUCCUGUACCUGCCAGAGGGGACUUACCACGGUACAAUUAACCUCGGGGAUACAGUAGCCAUUGGAAUCCAGAAAAAACUUGCAACCAUAGAGACAGAGAAACUCUUCUAUAAAGAGCUGAAUCUAGAACAAACGACCCCUGGUGCCACCAGAGACAGACUUCUGCAGGAGAGGAUCCAGAUUUUUCAGAAGCUACAUAAACUUUCACCAGGGAGCACAGAAAUCAUGAUGAAGUUAGGUCAGGCUCUGUCUGACACUGGAAGGACCGAUGAUGGAUUGAAAUUUACACAGCAGGCCAUCGAUAAAGACCCCCACUUCCUGAUAGCUCACCUGAACAAAGCCAAGAUGCAUAUACAGAAAAAUGAAAAGGAAAAGGCAGAGGAAAUUCUGAAGUUUAUUUUUGAGAUGAAUCCAAAGUUAUGGGAUAUACAUGCCACCUAUGGAGACUUCUUAAUGAACACCCAGAGAUUCAAAGAGGCAGCACAGAUGUACAAAAAGGGAACAGAAGUGAAACCAGAUUUGUUGCCAUUUUGGGCAAAUCUGAGGAAUGCCCAGGAAAAAAGUGACGACCAUAAGGGGGCUAGAGAGACAAGCAUGGUUAUUGAAAGACUACAACAGGAACAAAGGAACAGGCAGUGAACAUGGGAAGGGAAGUCAAAACUUCAAGACUCCCUAAGGGAAGGAAAUUCCCUUGGCACUGGGCAUAUCAUUGUACAAUUUAUUCUGGGAUAUUUAUUGUUCGAGGGUUUAAUUUGUAUCAGUUGUGUUUUUAAGCUCUCCUGAACCAAAGGCUUAGUUGAUCUUUUCUGAUCAAAAAUUUUCUGUCAUUGUUGUGUAAACUUUUCACAUUUUGGUUUCUCCUGAACCACCAACUAUUUUCAAUUAAACUUGCCGUAAAGCAUCCUUGAGUAAAGGAGUUUCAGGUUUGUUCUAAUGAAGGUCAUUCCUCCUUCCAAGUGGAGAUUAUUAAGAAAUAGUGAAAAUAAGGAGGGUUCUUCUCCUCUCAAGAACUACUACACCAGAAAAGCUGAGACAUGUAUCAAAACUCCAUAACAUAACGAAGAUUCAAGUCUGUACAUAUGUACCACAAGCCUGUAGGUCAGGAUGAGGUCACAAUAGGGGAUUAAAGUUCUACAUAGGAAUGAAAAGGAAAUUCUUAGAAAAUCAUGUAAGAGCAGUAGAGGAAAACUUUAUUUAAAAAAGAACAAUAUACAAGCAUCCUCAUGUGGUGUAGAGUCAGCUUUUGCUCACACGAUGAGAUCCUCGUGGCCAGUGCAGAGCCACUGUGAGCAGGGAUUCAGUGUUUUAAAUAGGAUAAUUCUUUAAAAAUCUUCUUAAGAACCACAAGAGUAAAAUAUGUCAAAUACGUAAGCAUCCACCUGGGGUUUUUCUUCUUCUUUUUUUUUAUACAAUGACCCUGAGAUACUCAUACUCAGCCAUGUUUGUUUUGAGUACAACUCUGAGUAAGCUCCCAGCAUGCUUGAAAAAUCUUGAGCAUGUAUACUCCAUAUGAGUUUGAGAAUGAUCUUUUAUAAAAGUUUUAUAACCUUCACCUUUGAGUAUUAGUAUGAUUUAGAACACAGAGUUUGAGAUUGAGUAUGAAAAUGUGCUCUAAAAAGUUUUAUAACCUCCAGGCCUGGUUCAUAGUAGAGGUUUGAAGUGCACAACUUGUCAUAAAGUUAAAGUAAUAUUUGUUAAACUUAAUUCUGAUGUUCUGAUGCUCUGGACCAGAGUUUGCAUGUCAGUAGCAGAGAUGUAAAGAUCGCUGGUAUGGAAUCAUUCUAACAGCGUAAUGAGUUAGAAUUUGUGAAAAUGAUGUGUGGACAUCCUGCGAGUCCGAGACAUGCUGUAUAUAAUAGUCCAAGAGGCCUUGCCUAAUUAUUACCGAGCAGCUAUUGCCUGGUGUUCCGGUUUAAACAGGCUCAGGUUAGCAUUGUGGUUCAUGGGCCUCUUGUUAUUUUAGGUGUAAAAACCCAAACUGUCUCAUUUUAUAAGUUGUCUUUAUUGAUGUUUAAUGUAAUUAUAGAUGGAGUGAUGUAUGUAUGGAAUUGACAUUCCAGUGAGAGUGUGAUAAGUGUUAUUGUAUCUCACUGACUUCCGGUAUCUGUCAUGAUUACUUGUGAAGUGAGAGGUGAACUUUUCCAUCUUUUAAAUUUAAAUUAUUUUUUUUUUACAAUCUCAACAUUCAGUUUCAUAUUUAAUUUUGUUUUCAUCAACUGCAGCUAUAGUUAUCCAUGUCAAGCAAUGAGCAUAAUACUUUGUAUGUUAAUUAAUGAGUCAUUUGUCCACAUUCGUCUUAUAUUUAGAUUUACGUUUGGUGAGGUAUUAACUAAAGCUAUACUAGUAUUAAUUUACAUUUCGUGAUAGCUAUUCUAAAAUCAAUACUAAACAUAAAAUACACAUUUCCCUAUAAAUCUUUCAUUUUCUUUCUAUAAAUUCCGUAAAGUUGCCGUCAACCUAAAGCAUAGUAUUUUAUUUACUGUAUUCCUAUCAAUAUAAUUUGCAUGGUGUUUUUUUUUCAGUGCAAGGGCACAUAACCCAUUCCAGUUUAUUCCAAUGUUAGAGUUAUCUCUCUUUGUGUAUUUUGCCAAGCUAUCUGUGAUAUUGAUUACUAUUGUCACAAAUAAAACAAAGUCAAAAUGAAA